UUAGCGUCAGUUGACGCAGAAUGGAUAUUUGGCCUCGAAUGGAGAGUAAUAUGUAGAUAACCAGCCAUUCAAUAUAUCAGCUCGACAUCUGGCAGAUAGGCUACUUCGUUACAUGCUGACGACGGGUCAUAGAACAGUCCGAAUUGUCCUAACUGGGACUACUUCUAUCUUUGCGGAGUAAUACCUUGUUGUAUGUACGUACUUGCACGCAGAGCGAGCAGGUGUAUGACGCAAAACGUUACAUUCAGCGAGGUGAAAUCCAAGCCUAUCUUGGAAUUUUGCACAACUUACGACUAUGUAUUUGAUCAAAUAAUUGUAUUCGUUUACCGCUUUGAAGAAAAAGCAUCAGUCAAUAUUUUAAGGGCUCAGAAGAGUGUUUAAGGAACGUAUUUACAACAUGACGGUAAAGUGCUGGUGAUAUCUGUUGACUUGCUUUUGGCCACCCUUUAACCCCAGAAGAUAGCCUCUGUGCACACAGCCAGCAUGUCAGGGAGGUACACCCCCGCCCCAGGAGGGCCCUUCUCGGCACUCACCCCCAGCAUGUGGCCUCAAGACAUUCUGGCCAAGUACCAUCAGAAGGACCCUGUAGUGGAGUCAGUGGUUCAGUAUGAUGAGUUUGGGUUCAAGAUCGACAGUGAAGACGGCCUGGAGUCCCAUGAGUGGCUGGGGCGGGACGGAGCCCCCCAGCGCGAAGACCCCCAGCAGAGGCUGCGCUGGCAGGCCUACCUGGAGUUCUCCCACAACCACACGGUGGGCGACCUGACUUGGGAGCUCAUCUCGCCCUCACUGCCGCGCACCGACCGCCUGCGUUCGCUCGUCCUCGCCGGCAUCCCCCACACCAUGAGGCCACAGGUGUGGAUGCGGUUGUCUGGAGCCCUGCAGAAGAAGCGAACAUCUGAGAUGUCCUACAAAGAGAUUGUCAAGAACAGCUCCAACGAUGACACCACAGCAGCUAAACAGAUCGAGAAGGACUUGCUGCGGACUAUGCCCACCAACGCCUGUUUCAGCAGCCUGGCGAGCGUGGGGGUGCCCAGGCUGAAGCGGGUACUGCGGGGGCUGGCGUGGCUCUACCCCGACAUUGGCUACUGCCAGGGCACAGGCAUGGUCGUGUCAUGUCUGCUGCUCUUCAUGGAGGAGGAGGACGCUCUGUGGAUGAUGUGCGCCCUGAUCGAGGACCUGCUGCCUCCCUCCUACUUCUCGUCCACGCUGCUGGGGGUGCAGACAGACCAGCGCGUGCUGCGGCAGCUCAUCGUGCAGUACCUGCCCCGCCUGGACCGCCUGCUGCAGGAGCACGACAUCGAGUUGUCCCUGAUCACCUUACACUGGUUCCUGACCUCCUUCGCCAGUGUGGUGGACAUCCGCAUCCUGCUGCGCGUCUGGGACCUGCUCUUCUACGAAGGCUCGGUGGUGCUCUUCCAGGUCACGCUGGGCAUGCUCAAGAUCAAGGAGGAAGAACUUGUGGUGUCCGAGAACUCGGCGUCCAUCUUCAACACGCUGUCGGACCUGCCGAGUCAGCUGAACGACUGCGCGACCGUGCUGGGCGAGGCCGUGCGGCUGGCCGGCUCGCUCUCGCAGGACAACCUGGAGGCCCAGCGGCACAAGCACCUGGCCUACAUCCUGGCCGAGCAGGCGCAGCUCAACUCCAACAACCACCACCCGCACACCAACCUCAACGCACACCUCAACAAGGCGGUGCGCAGACAGAGCCUGCGCAGGAAGUCCACACUGAGCACGCUCCUGUGGGGGGAGGAGGACGCAGAGACACUCAAGGCCAAAAACAUCAAGCAGACGGAGCUGGUGGCCGUGCUCCGGGAGGCUAUCAGCCGCACCGCUGAGCACUUCCACUGCCUGGAUCCCCGCAAUGGCGGCACGGAUCUCACUCCAGACUACUCCAUGGAGAGUCAUCAGAGGGACCACGAGAACUUCCUGGUGGUUUCACGAAAUCGCCGCCGGCGGGCCAAGGCCCUGCUGGACUUCGAGCGCCAUGACGACGACGAGUUAGGCUUCCGCAAGAACGACAUCAUCACAAUCGUGUCGCAGAAAGACGAGCACUGUUGGGUGGGGGACCUAAACGGACUGAGAGGGUGGUUCCCUGCCAAGUUUGUGGAGAUCCUUGAUGAGCGGAGUAAAGAGUACUCCAUGGCUGGGGACGACUCUGUGACGGAGGCCAUAACUGACCUGGUGAGGGGUACGCUGUGCCCGGCUCUGAAGGAUAUCUUCCAGCACGGCCUGAAGAAAACCUCCAUACUGGGAGGACCCUGCCACCCCUGGCUUUACAUAGAGGAGGCGGCUAGCAGAGAAGUGGAGAGAGAUUUCAACUCUGUCUACUCCAGACUGGUGCUUUGUAAGACAUACAGACUAGAUGAGGACGGUAAGGUGCUGACUCCAGAGGAGCUGCUCUACAGAGCAGUGCAGUCUGUGAACAUGAGUCACGACUCGGCACACGCGCAGAUGGACGUCAAGUUCCGCUCGCUGCUCUGCGUGGGCCUGAAUGAGCAGGUGCUGCACCUGUGGCUGGAGGUGCUGUGCUCCAGCGUAGGGGCGGUGGAGAAGUGGUACCAGCCCUGGUCAUUCCUGCGUAGCCCCGGCUGGGUGCAGAUCAAGUGUGAACUCAGGGUUCUCUCCAAGUUUGCUUUCAGUCUCUCUCAGGACUGUGAGCUGCCUGCCAAGAAAGAGGAGAACGAGCAGAAACCUCUGAAGGAAGGCGUGCAGGACAUGUUGGUGAAGCACCAUCUCUUCAGCUGGGACAUCGAUGGCUAACACACCCCAGACACACACUGGCCCGUCCAUCCACACACACACACACUCUUUCGCUCCCCCACCCACACUCAAGAACAGCGUCAUUCAGCCGUCUUGUUCGUCAUCAGGAUAGGCACCUGUAGGUAACAGCCCCUCUUGGCACAUAGCACACCUACAUAGCUGGUGUGAACCAUGUCACGAGUAUUUACAGACACGUAGGUCGUGGUGAUCUGCAACUUCUUCAAAACACGCCUUGAAAAUGUUACCGUUGCCUUGCGCCUUACUCUUGUGUAGACCCUAGUCUUUUAAAAGGAAAAAAAAAAAAAAAAAAAAAAACAGGGACCACUGUUGUUGAAUUUGGCAAUGUCUUUCAUGGCACCUUUUUCCGGGUAGGAAACCAUACAUUAUCAAAUCACACUCUCACACAUCCCCCCCUUUUCUGUAUGGCCCGUCUGCGGGGUUUUGUUCUAGCUAAUGCUACACAGCAGACAACCUCCGUUCCCACAGGACAGAACACUGGUGGUACAUCACUCACUAUACAGCUAGGGGGGAUUGCAUCUCAAGGCUGAAUCAAGGCACUUCUGUUUAUCCCUGGCUGGCUGUCGCUCAAGUGGAUGGGAAGAUGAAGGAAGGAAGGAAGGAAGGAAGGAAGACUGCUUAUCUCUGUAUGAGUUUUCAGCCUAUCGGUCCAGUUGCACUGCGUUGACUUUGAACACAGUGAAGGAUUCCUAAGUAGAUCAGUGUCAAAGGCCUUCUGAGUAAGGAGAACUUGCUGAAGAUGCUUAAGCAGUGGUGUUCACAUGUACAUCCUGGUAUGACUGAGGAAAUAUCACUGAGUCUCCGUCCAUAUCUGUUCCAAACAGCUUUACCACUGUCUUUCCUCUGAAUUGUGUAAAAUAUGUAUACAUUUUUUUUGCAAAUGUAGUGAAUGUGGAUUCAUGAUGCAAGUUACACAUGUGGUUUAUACGGGCCAUUUUGCUUGCAGGCUACCCUUCAGGUAAAAAAAAAAAAAAAAAAGGUCAUUUUUGCUGCUCUGUGGACCACAGGUCAGCUAUUGUGAUUGGUUGUUUUGCAUUAUAUGCCUUCAAUGGGGGGGCCCCCCACAGUCACCAGUAUCUCCAGGUGGUUAGUCACUCCACGCUUAAAUACUAAAUCACCUGAGCCAGGGAUUUAUGACCAACCAGAACAAGAACAGCCCAUGGCAUUCCAAAAUGGGUCAGGAAAUGACUUUUGCUACAGUUGUUAAUGUAAUGGACUUUGGACUCCUACUGUAAUGGUUGAUCAGGACCAGAAUAACCCACAGGGCUCUUGAUUGUAUCCCAUUUAGAUGUACAAUAAUUCAAAUCUAUAUGUAUGAGUAAAUAAAGCUGACUGGGUAAAAAAAA